CUUCCUUCUACAGGUUUUUCUUUUCGGAGGGGGGGGACCCCUUCCUCCAGAGCGCAACCCCCGGCCGCACUCAGCCCCUGUGUGGCUCAUGGUCAGAACUGGUGAAGAGGCUAGGAAACGAAGCGCACUCUCCGCCGAUGCUGGAAAGCCCAGACCAGAGAAGCCAGCCCUUGCCGGGAGCUUGGACCCGAGACCAGAACCUGCACAGCAGGCCACUUCCGCUCGACUCUGGCUCGCGGGCCCGCCCCCUUCCGCCUCACGUAAAUAAACGCUCGGCGCCUGCGACGCAGCCAGUGUGAGGCGAGCGCGUCGCAACCAGUGAGGUGUCAGGAACGAAAACCAAUGGCCAAUGAGAUGCUGGGAUGGCUUGGGCGGCCGACCAAUCGCGAAGCCUCGCACCCGGAUGUGCUUACCCGUUCUAAAACCCAGCUCUGAGAAAGUGAGGGGUUCCCCACGUGGGGCAGAGGCUGUGGGCGCGGGUGAGAGGCUGAGCGAGUGUUAGGUUCAGUGUCUCCCGCCUGCGAUUGGCGUGUAAGGUUCAUUCCUUUAGGUUUUGAGUGGGAGAGAAAUCAAUGUGGCUGCUGGUCGGUAGAAAGAAUUCCCACCGCAGUGUCUCGGAGCCAGCGGGUGGGGAAGCCCCUCCGUUGGUACCUCACAGGGAAUAGGACUGUGUUGAAGACGCAGUGGGAGUAUGAAUCUCUUACCUAAGAGCUCCAAGGAGUUCGGCUCCGUUGACUAUUGGGAGAAGUUCUUCCAACAGCGAGGAAAGAAAGCUUUCGAGUGGUAUGGAACUUACCUGGAGCUGUGCGGGGUGCUGCACAAAUACAUCAAACCCCGGGAAAAGGUGCUGGUGAUUGGAUGCGGUAACUCAGAGCUAAGCGAGCAGCUGUAUGACGUGGGCUGUCAGGAUAUAGUGAAUAUCGACAUCAGCGAGGUCGUCAUCGAGCAGAUGAAGGAACGCAAUGCCAGCCGACGGCCCCAGAUGCGCUUCUUGAGGAUGGACAUGACACAGAUGGAGUUUCCUGAUGGCUCGUUCCAGGUGGUGUUGGACAAGGGCACCCUGGAUGCUGUCCUGACAGAUGAGGAGGAAAAGACCCUGCAGCAGGUGGACAGGAUGCUGGCUGAGGUUGGCCGUGUCCUGCAGGUGGGCGGUCGCUACCUCUGCAUCUCCCUGGCUCAGGCUCACGUCCUGAAGAAAGCAGUGGGUCACUUCUCUCGGGAGGGGUGGAUGGUGAGGGUGCACCAGGUGGCCAACAGCCAGGACCAGGUGUUGGAAGCAGAGCCUCGGUUUCCUCUGCCUGUCUUUGCCUUCAUCAUGACCAAGUUCAGGCCAGUCCCCGGCCCUGCCCUUCAGAUCUUUGAGCUGUGUGCUCAGGAGCAGGGCAAGCCUGUGCGGCUGGAGAGUGCCGAGCGGCUGGCUGAGGCGGUGCGGGAGCGGCAGCAGUAUGCCUGGCUGUGCAGCCAGCUGUACCGCAAGGCUGGGCUGGGGAGUGUGUCCCUGGACUUGUGCAGUGGGGACACGGGGGAGCCACGCUACACCCUGCACGUGGUGGACAGCCCCACUGUGAAACCAUCGCGGGACAAUCAUUUUGCCAUUUUCAUCAUCCCCCAGGGUCGGGAGACCGAGUGGCUUUUUGGCAUGGAGGAGGGCCGGAAGCAGCUAGCGGUCAGCGCCGGCUUCAGGAGGCUGAUCACAGUGGCCCUUCACCGAGGUCAGCAGUACGAAGGCAUGGACAGCAUCCAGGCCGAGCUGUCGGCCAGAGUCAUGGAGCUGGCCCCGGCCGGGAUGCCCGCCCAGCAGCAGGUGCCCUUCCUGUCUGUGGGUGGGGACAUUGGCAUCCGGACCGUUCAGCACCAAGACUGCAGCCCCCUGAGUGGUGACUACGUCAUCGAGGAUGUGCAGGGGGACGACAAGCGUUACUUUCGGCGGCUGAUCUUCCUUAGCAACAGGAACGUGGUGCAGUCGGAAGCCCGGUUGCUGAAGGACGUGUCCCACAGAGCCCAGAAGAAACGGAAGAAGGACAGGAAGAAGCAGCGGCCUGCUGACACUCCCGAGGACCUCCCCGCAGCCCCAGGGCAGGCCAUCGAUAAGAGCUACCUGUGCUGUGAGCACCACAAAGCCAUGGUCGCCGGCCUGGCCUUGCUGAGAAACCCGGAGAUGCUCUUAGAGACUCCCCUGGCAUUGCUGGUGGUAGGCCUGGGCGGAGGCAGCCUCCCCCUCUUCGUCCACGAUCAUUUCCCAAAGUCCUGCAUCGAUGCUGUGGAGAUCGACCCCUCCAUGUUGGAAGUGGCCACCCAGUGGUUUGGCUUUUCCCAGAGCAGCCGGAUGAAGGUCCACAUUGCAGACGGCCUGGACUAUAUUACCAGCCUGGCAGGAGGAGAAGCACGGCCUCGCUACGACGUCAUAAUGUUCGACGUAGACAGUAAGGACCCCACCCUGGGAAUGAGUUGUCCCCCCCCAGCGUUCGUGGACCAGCCCUUCCUGCAGAAGGUCAAAAGCAUCUUGACUCCCAAAGGUGUCUUUAUCCUCAACCUCGUGUGCCGAGACUUGGGGCUAAAGGACUCAGUGCUGGGUGGGCUCAAGGCGGUGUUCCCCCUUCUGUACGUCCGGCGAAUCGAGGGGGAAGUGAACGAGAUCCUGUUCUGUCAGCUGCACCCCGAGCAGACACUUGCCACGCCAGAGCUGUUGGAAAUGGCCCGGGCCUUGGAGCAGACCCUGAGGAAGCCAGGGAGGGGUUGGGACGACACGUAUGUCCUGUCAGACAUGCUCAAGACUGUGAAGAUCGUGUGAUCGCUGGCCUUGCAGUCUUCCCGGCUUCCUGCUGGCCUGACCUUGGGCUCGCAGCUGGCCAGAGUGAAGAAAGCACAGUGCUUUCAAGCCGCGUAUUUUUCUUGGUUUCAUACUCGACUGCGUGCGACCUCCAGCUUGCUGAGGUUGCCCGACGAUCUGGGAAAAUAAAGACGUUUUUCCCAUCCUGACCUCUUCAGGACCUCUCGGUUGCUCGCCUGUGCCUCCUGCACCGUGUCCUUGAGUAGGACCCCUGCCGGAAGCCCCGACGGACGCCAGCGCCCUAAUGCACGGGCACCUUAGGAUGGACACCGUCACACGUGACCGCGGGCUCAUGCUCGCUUUCUUCUGUUGGCUCUGUGGGAAUGACCUCGCUUCUGGGCCAAAAGACUAUAAACAGCGUAGGAUCUUCGUAGACGUGGGACAGGUUUGAGAGACCAUCCCACUGUUUCUCUGCAGGUGGAAGUGCCGCCGCCAUGGUCCCUAGUGUUAAGAACCUGCUAAUCCACUGUUUCACAGCUUGUCUCAGCUUCCCAAUCCUUGUAGCCGGAGCUGUCCGCUUCCUUCUCAGUGGAAGGAGUGGAUGUGACCGGCCCAUUACUGUGCGUGUCAGACUUAGCCAGCUCGUCUCUAGUGUUGGUUCACUCCCAUUUACGGAGUGACAGCUACAUGCCAGACCCAGCGUAAGGAGCUGUGGUGGAAGUAAAGAUGUUUGAGUCCACGGCCAAGCCACCCUUGAACGUGCCCCGUCUCGUCUGGUCUCAGAAGCUAAGCAGGGUCGGGCCUGGUUAGUGCUUGGAUGGGAGACCACCUCGGAAGACCAGGUGCUAUAGGCAUAAAAAAAAUAAAAAAAAAAAAUAUGUUUGAGAAUGGCCAAAGCUCAUGGAUUAGUAAUAAAAGUUAACGUCUUCCAGGAAUUUUAAAAAAUGA